AUUAUAUAGUCCUCAAAUCGCAAUAAAAUAUAUUUUAUAGUACAAUAUUUCAAAAUGUCGCUUAGAAAUGAUGAUAUCGAAAAAGAUGAUGAUUAUAAUACCAUCAAUAAAAAUCCACAACAAUUAGACAAUAAUGACGCACCUACUACUACGGUAUGUGUAACCAACAAAGAACCUCACAUGGAAUCUAGAUUACUGCGCUCCAUUUCUGAAAGUUCUGAAGCUAAAACCUUCAUAUCUGAGAAGGACUUUGAAUCGAAAACUCCAAGUCAAAUGCUAGUUCAACGCAUGCUCGGCCCUUCACAUACUGUCUCUAAUGUUUACGUAAUCAAUGAUAGUCAUGUGAUUCUUAAAGUCUUACCAGAGAUGAGUGGAAUCUCUGAACAACAAAGUACUUUAGAACCAAAUGAAGCAAAUGAAUCGCAAGAGCGUUUUAUUCACAUAAGGAAAUUGUCGGAUAGUGCACUUAAACCAGUUUUAAUCAAAAAAUCAGGAACCUGUUAUCUAUGCAAACAGGAUAAAGUUCAGCUUAAGACUUUACAGCUAAAAACUACAAAAAGUAUGGACAGUUUUAUGAUAUCACAGAAAACCUGUAAAGUAAUUGACAAACCCUUUCCAAAGUUGAGUAAAGUGGUUGAUUCGAGUCUUAAAGAUGAUAACAAUACAAGCUUAGAAACAAUCAAUUCCGAAAACAGUAAUACACAUUUUGCCAGUGUAAAAGGUGAUGUAUGUAAAAUUAAAAAUGGAAAAUAUAAAUAUAAUGCUUCAUUAGCAAACAAAACAUUCAAUAACAGAAAACGAAAAACAUAUAUUUUGAACAAAAAACGACUGAGUACUAAGUUCAAAAAGUCUUAUAACGCAUUUAUUCAGACAACUUCCAGAAGCGAUACAAAUGAAAAUGAUGCCGUGCUAGCAAAGCAUCUUGACAUUCUAUCUGACACCUCAAAUAAGCUUAAGGAUGAGAAAUUUCCCUGUAUUGCAAAUACUAGCAGCAUUUCUGAACUACAAGUUGCAAAAAAUAAAAUACAAACUCCGAAUAAUGACUCUCAUAAAUCAAAAACAGCAAAAAUGAAGUUGGUAGAAACUGUUAUACACUCAAAUAAUACUUUAAAGAAAGAAAUUCCCAUUAAUGAUCGGGACGUUAGAAUGAGCAGCGAGUCAAACGAAAGUGAAUUCGUCGAUUAUAAAAAGUAUAAAUGUACAAAUAAAUUGCAAAAAACAGUCCCUGUAGAUAAACUGAAGUCUUCAUCUUCCAAAAUAGAUAUAAGUAAUAGAUGGAUUAAAAGGCAUAUAAACAGUAGUCCAGAAGAACAAAUAUACACUCCAAUUAAAUUUUGUGCAACUCAAAAAGUGCAAGAAGCGGGAUCACCUUAUAACCAAAAAGACCAAAAUAAUACCUUAGAUCUAGUUACUCAAAUUACUUCUAAUUCGGAUGAGACAGAAAACGUUAUAAUUCCGGGGAGUAAAACUAUUAAGGACCGUUGCUUGGAAUGGGAAAAAAAGUUUGCAGUCAUAAAUAGUUCAUUGUCGAAAAAUUAUAGAACUGUCCCUUUGAACAUAAACACUUGCAGUGACUAUUCUACAAUACCGGUUCAAAAAGUUGAUUCUUCUAAGUCGAAAAUAUGUAAACCUAAGUCGGAGCUGAUCUGCUGUAGUUUACAACAAGAAAACAAAAAUUAUAUAUACCCUAAAAAUCAUUCUAGUUCAAUAGUAACUGAAGCAGAUAAGUCGUUACAGGAACAUACAGAAACAAAUAGCAGAACUACGCAGUAUCUAAGCUCAGCUUAUAUUGAAUUUCGUCCUAAUCCUCAAACUAAUAGGCGCCCUGUAAUUAAACAAGAAAAAUAUACUACUGGCAGGGAUACUGAAGUUAUAAGCCCAGUUACAAGAAACAAACAUCAUAUUGAAUCAAAGAAAAAGCUUGGAAAUAUUAAUAUAGAUGCCAAAAAAAAUAUUGAAGGCAUAUAUUCAGAGCUAGAUGAAAGAUCAAACUUUUCUAAAACUACGACUGACAAAGACACCUUUAAUGAUAAAGUUACUCGAUUACAAAACUUAUUUCUUAGAAAUGAACAAACCCCAACAAAAUAUGUAGCUAAUGAAUCAAUUAAAGCAGCCAAGAGGUGUGUGAACACAGAUGUUUCCUCACCAGCAAAUAUUACAUAUAGUUCUGCGAUAUAUAAUACUAACUCAGACUUAAAAACUCCAACCCAGCAGAGAGACACAUUUGACUUAAGCCCAAAACAUUUGAAAAUGAGUCCCAAAAUAAGAGCACGUUGUUUAGAAUGGGAGGAAAGGAUCAGACUUGCAAAUAGUUCUGUAACAAAUGGAAUUCAAACUGACGAGUGCAUUAAGGGGACUUACUCUAAUUCAGAACAUUAUAAAGCCGAUUCUGACACAAACUGCAAUAAAUUGAUAAGAAAAUUGGAAUAUAUAAAUGCAAAUGUAUUAAACGUUGAGGAAACUAAAUUGCAUAGAGCAGUAUAUUCUGGCAAUGUAGUUCAAGCAAAACCUAAAGCAAAUGAAAGCCUGAAAUCAUACCAUCGUCCGAAGUACAGUCAAGAUAUUAACUCCUCCGGAAUGAAAAGUUCUAACUAUAAGAAUGACAUAAUUGCACAGGUUCGUUCAGAACAUCGAACAAAUGAAACAGAGGACUGUAAUAAUGGUAAUAAUACAGAAGUUUGCUUUGUGCCUUCUCCAGUUACUAAAUCGUCUCUGAAUUUCCUUUGGAGUAAGAAACACGAACCCACAUUUACAUCACACUUAAAAUCUACAAUUGAAUACCCCAGAAUAAGUGCAAAACGAACAGGUAGCUAUAUAAAUGAAGAUGUAAAAGUUGGAAAUACUAAGAAAAUAACAAGCACUGCUUUCAAAGAGUUCUCUACUAGAUCUGCUAGAGUUAAUCACUCUAGUAGGGUGUCUAUUUUCCAAUGUUUUCGUAAUCUUUUUCAGAAGCGACCUAAGAGACAUUAUAAGAAAAUUCACGCGGUCAUAAACAAAACUUAUUUCAUUAGCUGGAUUCAUCAAGAAACUGAAAGAGGCACUGAUUGUAAAUAUUGUUGUGAAAAGAAGUCUACAAUUGAGCGAUCUCAAUCAACAUAUUUUUAGACAGAAUCCAACAAAUUUAUAAGUUUGUA